AAUAACGUCUCUUAAAAACGAAUUGAAGUUCGAAUUUCGAAAAUUGUGAAGUGUUUAAGUUGUGCACUUUUUAGAGGAACAAGUGUAUUUUACUACGAUGUCUCAGCAACAAACUAAAAAUAGUAUAACACUAAAAGGAUCUGCCCAAAUUAUUUGCGAAUAUCUAAGGUUUGCUAUCAAUUCAGUUUUGUUCCAAAGAGGUCUGUACCCACCGGAGUCAUUCAAAGCAGAACAAGAGUAUGGUUUAACAUUACUUAUAUCUGAGGAUCCACUUAUCAAAGGCUUUAUUUCAGACAUCUUGAGAAAGAGCGAAGAAUGGAUUCUCAAAAAGGAGGUUAAAAAGCUUUCACUUGUUAUAAUAAAUGUUUCAAAUAAAGAAGUACUUGAAUGUUGGGAUUUCAAUGUUCAGUACGAGGAGGGGGAUGUUGUUUUAUCUAAAGAGAAAAAUGAGAAAGUAAGCAGCAAGGAUUUAAAGAAAAUUCAGCUUGAAAUAAGAGAUGUUAUGUUACAAGUGGCGGCAACUAUAUCUUAUUUACCGCUGUUGGACUGUAGGUGUUCAUUUGAUAUUUAUGUUCAUGCCAACCCUGAAUGUAAUAUACCUGAGAAAUGGAUGGAAGCUGCCCCUAUCUCUAUAACUAAUGCUCAGAAUGUGCAACUCAAAUCAUUCUCAACUAAUCUUCACAAGAUGGAUACUGUUGUCACUUAUAAACUAAUGGAUUAAAUUAAGA